AUGCCAGACGGCGCGCCUCGCGCGCCGCCCCCGGCCAAGCGGCCGCCAGGCGGCCCGCUGGCAGCCUCUGCCGCCGCCGCUCCCGCCGACACCGGCGCAGAGGGCAGCCGCAUCCCGCCGAGCAGCGUGGAUACCGACGAGGCCAACUACACGGAUUGGAAUGGCUGGCAAGGCCUGUCCAAAACAGCGCCGAGCUACGAGCUGUUGAGGACCGACGGCUACAGGGUCUUCCGACGCAAGUUGGAGGUCUUCGAACGGUACUGCAAGAAGCGUGGCGCCACUGCAGUCAGCGAGGGAGGGUUCUUGGUCACGAACUCGCUGCAAGGUGAGGCCGCGGAGGCUACGGAGGACAUCGACCUGGACUUGUUAGAGACGGAAGGGGCUUUCAGGCCGUUGUUCCAGGUGCUGGACGAAUACUACAAGUACGACGACCAGACCGAACUGCCAGCCAGUACACAUCUCUUCUUCGGCAAGUUCGCCCGCCAAGACGACGUGAAGUACACGAACGAUUACGACUGGGAUCGAAGCCUGCACGAGGAAAACUCGCACUCGGAGGAAGAAACAUACGAGGACGAUGAGGACUAUGACUACGACGAGCACGAGGAGGAGGCAGACGUCGCGGAGGAGCUGCCGCAGGAGGUCGAGGAGGCCCAAACGGUGCGCGACGAGGCCAACCUCAGCUUCGCGGGCGCGAAGAAGCGCGUGGCGGAGAUCGCCAAGGCCAGAGGAUUCUACCCGAUCGCCGCCCUCGCCCCCGAGAACACCUACCAGCGAAUGCGCAGCCGCGCAGGUGACACGCGGCCCGUUAUGGGCGACACGGCGUGGACGCAGUGGGAGGAGCUACUUCGUUCGAGGCAGCUGUUACAUGAGGUCGAGCACGGCAAGAGCGAUCGACGCUUCCGAUUCGGAGACGGCAAGACGCUGGAGGCCAAGCAAUCGGUGACUCUGACGGCGUGGCCGUUCGGCGUCAAGAAGCAGGUCGCGAUCCAUCUCGUCGAGGGUUGGACGCCGGUGCUGAUCGCGCGACCCUGCAUGCAAGAGUGGGGAUUGAUCCAGGACUACCGAGCCAGAACGUUCACGAUGAAGGAUCUCCCCGACAAGGGCUGGAUGAAGUCCGAAUGCGAUGGGAAGGGUCAUUUCAUCGUGGACCUGUUGGGCGGAGCUGGGCGCGACGCCGGCGAUGUCUUGAACGAGGGGGCCCCCGCCGACGGGGAGGGCAGCAGCGGCGACUCGAAGGCGACGACGGGGACUCGCCGGCGCCUGACGCGGACGGGGUUCUACGAGAUCGGCAGCGACGACGAGGCCCUGGCCGCGGAGGAGGUCGCGGGCCUGGAAGGCCACCUGAUGGACGCGGACACCCACUCGGACCUGGCCCUGGCGCUGGAGCAGGCGGCGUCCGACAUGAAGGACACGCUGCGCGGGCCGCGCAAGCGGAUGGUCUGGGAAGUCAUCGUGGACCAGGGGGCCUUGUCGCAAGAACUGCUCGCGUUCCUGCAGAUCGAGGUGCUCCAGUUCAGGGUCGAAGGCGGCUGGGGCUUCUCCAUGCGCGCCAUGAUCCACGACUUCCUGAACAAGAUCGACAAGGAGAAACCCGGUGAUAUCGUCUUCGCCCCCCUGUGCAAGCACCGGUGCCCUUGGCAGCGCGCGAACGAGAAGAUCCCCGAGGAACGAGCCAAACAGGUCAACGGCGCCAGGCAGCGAGAAGAGCUGACACUUCUCAAGAUGAUUCUGACGGCCUUUGUGAAGCAGCAGAACGGAAACCGACGCGCGCAUGUGGAAGGCCCGUGGCAGGGGCUACACUGGCGGAAAAAGACGUGGAAGAAGUUUCCAAGUUAUCGCUGCAGGCGCGACCAGUGCCGGCUAGGAGCGAAGUGCAAUGUCCAGGGCACGGACAUGCCCUGCCAGAAGCCCACGAGACUGCAGUCGACCAACAAAGGAAUCAUUCACCGCGUGAACCUGGCGUGCGCGCGCACGGAGGACGACGUGAUCCUGCAGGGCAAGCUCGCCCAGCAGGCUCAGAACUACCCGAGACCGAUGGCGAGAGCGAUGGCCAACCUGAUCGCCUACCAGGGCAUGGCCGACAACAUCAGCGACAUCAACGCGGCCGCGGAGGUCUGCAAGGACAUCGACGCCAUGGAGUACACCGACGUGAUGCAGGAGCUGAUGAAGCCUUGCAGCGCGUCGACUAUCCGAACGGUCGAGCGCCCGCGCGUCAGCCUGGGCCACCCUUCGAGAGCAGCGCUGGCGGUUGCCAUGCAGCACGCGGGUGCAUCGACGGAGUGGGCCCAGUGCGCCAGGCUCUUCAAGUGCGAGAUCUGCCUGAGCAGGCAGAGGCCCCGAGCAGUUCGCGUCGCAGUGCUACCGAGGUCCAAAAGGUUCAACGAGGUGACCUGCACCGACGUGCACUACAUCACGCGGAUGAAGAAGGAGAGGGAGAUCCUGUCCAUCAUGGGCGAGUUUACACGCUAUGAUGUCGACUACCCGAUCUCGGAAGAGACGUUCCUGAACGAGACGAAGCUAUGGGAGAAGCUCUGGACCAGUUGGGCCAGCAAACCUGAGACGAUGCGGACGAACAUGGGGGGCUCGCACGCGGCCAAGCGCACGCGCAACUGGAUGAGCAAGCGCAGCAUCGAGCUCGACCUGAUUCCGAGAGCGCCGGCGUUGGGGGCGCAACCGAAGAUCCCAUGCGUCCUCUGCGACGAAGACUUUGGCCCGUCUGAGCAGGCCGCGCCGGUCGACCCCAUGGGCGAGGUGCGCGCGAUGACGAUCGGGAGGGCGAUCGCCGCCACAGCCUUCAUCGAGGCCAACUGCUCGCGCGCCGCGCGCGCGGCGCUGCUGGCGCGCAGCAGGCCGACGAGGAGGAACUACGAGAUCGGCGAGCGGGUCUACCUCUGGCGACCUGAGCAGACGCAGGGGCUGGAGAAGCGCCACAGGCGCGGCCCGGCGCUGGCGGCGGCAGCGGGGUCGAAGGUCAACGAGGACUACGCGGGCCCCGCCAGCCCGCUCAGCGCGAUCGAGAAGCUCAAGCGCGUGCUCAGGCGGACGAAGGGGACCUGCAACUACCAGGACCUCGCCGAGGAGGGGCGCCUGCCCCAGCACGACGACACCCUGGGCGACAUGGGCGAGCAGCAUCAGCCCAGCGCUCAGGCACCCGCGGCGACGGGCGAGGCCGACGGACCGACAAGAGCAACUGCCGCGGCGGCUCCUGGAGAUCCCCAGCCGGCGACGCCCAGCGAGGAUAAGGGCGGCGGACCAGUGGCGGCCAGUGCCGGCGCGUCUGGCGGCGCUGCGCAGGAGCCGAGCAGGCUACACGUCGAGGCGAUGGCUAAGAGGAGCGUCGAGGAGGCUGGGAAGCGGGCCGGCAUCCCGCCAGCCAAUCGCGCCCGCCCGUCGCGGGCGAAGCUCGCCCCGCAGAGCGAGGAGGCUGCGCUCGCCGACGGGGUGGGCGACGAGAUGCUGCUGCUGGAGGAGCCCGCCGAGACGGUCGACAUGUUGGCCUUCAAAAGGAAAGCCCCCGCCAUCGUGGAGGGCGGGCUGAUGCCCGGGGGGGCCAGUUUUACGCGGCGAAGCUGGAGGCCCUCGAGAUGGAAGAUGAAGGACGGGCAGAAGGUGGCAAACGCGCGCGAACUCUACCGAGGGUCCAAACACAGCGACGUCGCCGAGGGCCAGCUCGACAAGGAGGCGCUGGCCCUCAGCAGGCUUGGCCGACGCAAGGUCGUGCUCUGGGCGUCUCUGAGCAAGUGGAGGUCGUUCGGCGCGGUUGCGAAGUCCGCAUUCCUGCAGGCCGACGACCUGAGCGCGCGCUGCCUUGAGCUGCGCGCGAGCCCUACGAAGCUCCGACGCUACCGCCCCGACGCAGUCGCGAAAGAGAUCGGGCUCAGGAACCGCAAGCUCGAGGCCCACGCGGUGGGCGGCCUGAUCGGCGAGCGCGCGGGCGACUUCAUCGGGCGCGGCGAGGGCGCGACGGACGAACAAGAUCUCAACGCGAAGCUCGACGACACCGAGUGCUUCCAGGCGCGGCUAGGGGCGCCCGGCGAAGUGGAGCAGUCCCUGAGCACCCACAGCGCGACCCUCAAGUUCGAGAAGUACCUGCGCGCGGUUAAACCCAUCACCGUCGAGAAGCAUCGGGGAGCUGACCCCGCGAGCGAGCUGUCGCCGAAGGAGCUUGCGAACUUCAGGGCCCUCGCGGACGCGAGGCUGCACUUCGGGUUCGACAAGGCCUGGAUCAACCUGCGAGUUGGCAGCUACACCGGCGCGAGCUGGGCAAACGGACGCGACGGCAGUUCGCAAGGAGGCCACGCGAUCUUCAUCGGACCCGCGGACGAGCUCAACGCCAGCACUGCGACGCCUUUCGCGGCCAUUGAGUGGGCCCCGAGGAAGUUGCAGCGCCUGUGCAAGAGCUCGCUGUCGGCGGAGGUCUACCUGGCGUGGAGCUUACGACCCGACCUGGAGCUCGAAGAAGCGAUGGUGCACACGGGGGGGUCGCCGUUCUUCACGGACGCGGAGUGCCUCUACGACGAGUCGCGCUCAGCGACGGCAGGCCAGGGCACCGCGGAGAAGAGGGCGGCCAUCGAGGUGAAGAUCGUGAACGAGCAGAUGACGGAGAUAGGCGCCACCUGGAAGUGGGUAAACACGCAGCGGCAGAUGGCGGACGGACCUGCCAGGCUCUCAGCCCGCCAGAUGAUGGCAGACGUGCUACGCCGUGAAGUGCACGCGUCGCGCUACGAUCCCGACUUCGCGGCUGGCAAGAAAAUCUCCAAGAGAGCGAUGGAGCAACGCGAAAAGGAGUUGGACGACGCUGGCGAGGCACUGCACGACACCCUCGAGACAACGCCUGUGACAAAGGCGAAGGAGAAAGCGAAGGCCAAGGGCAAGCGCCAUUUUGGCACAAGUGGAGCGAGGCUGGCCGCGGCACUAGCAGCUAGCGCUGGCGGCAGUGCGGCAGGUCAGCUGUUCAACCCACCGACGCCAGCCGACUGGAACGACCUGAUCAUGAAGGUGGUGGCUUUUGGCUUCCCCGAGACAGAGCCAGCGCCCGCCAGUGCCAAGACGGCCGUGACCGGGACCGACCCGAAGCAGACGAAGCUGAAAAAGGUACGCAGCGUGCUCGUCAGGUCGCAGUGCCACUACAACCUGGAUCUCAGCACGCCGAGGCUCCAGUCGCUGCCCGAGUACGCUCAUGGAGCUUUCAUGACAAGAUGA